AUGCAGUUGGUCGUCAGGUCGUUCGAUACCCGUGUGGUUGACACAGAAUGUUGCCAAACAGGUGCGGAUUUGAAGAUUUUUCUUGCAAAAGAGGACAAUUUACCUUUGGAUGGCAUACAGUUGUACAGUGGCUCCUCCAUCGUGCGAGACGAUGAUCACUUGAGUUCGCUCCUUGACGCCGCUGUUGAUGUUGUUGUCCCCAUCCUCGGAGGCAAGGUUCAUGGUUCUUUGGCACGUGCUGGUAAAGUCCGAGGUCAGACACCAAAAGUUGACAAGCAGGAGAAGAAAAAGAAACCCCGGGGUCGUGCGAAACGGCGAAUGCAGUACAACAAAAGGUUUGUGGCUGUUGUUCAAAUGGUUGGUGGUCGUCGGCGCGGGCCAAACGCGAAUGUCAAGGCCU